UCGCGGAUGACUCAGGUCACGUGAUGACUUCGCUCUGAAAAUGUAUACAAGCAGACGACAGGUGUCCCAUCGACUUCCAAGUUUCAACAUUGUACAGUGAAUUCAUUGAGCAUCUGCAAGAUGAAGACCAGCGGACUGUACACCUGGACUGUUUUGAUGAUUCUGCAGAGUCUUGUGGCAGGUGCUGUCUCUAUGUCAAGCAUUUCUCGACAAUACCUACCUGAAAGGUAUCAGGAAGAGGGGGAUAACUCUCAUCACCAUGACGGGGCACAUAACUCUGUUUUCUCACUUGUCUGCUAUUAUUCUAUUGGACAACCAUAUCAAGGGCUUCUGCCUCCAAAUAUAAAUGUCUCAUUCUGUUCCCAUGUAAUAUUUCUUGGAACGAUUAUCCAAAACUCUCAGGUGACAGCGGCGAGUGAGAUAGAUGUUGAACUAUACUUCAAGAAAGUUGUACUUUUGAAGAAAAUGAAACCAUCAUUGAAGGUCUUAUUGUCCAAUGGAGGCAACUUUUCCCAGGUUUUAAAUACACAAGAAAACAGAACCAGAUUUGCUGAAACUGCGGUGCCAUUAUUGAGGAAAUAUGGUUUUGAUGGCCUUGACCUUGACUGGGAGUUCCCUGCAUGGAAUGGUCUUCCAGCUCAACAGAAACACAACCUGACCUUGGUCGCACAGACUAUCAGAGCGACUUUUGAAGCUGAACUCGACAACAUGGCGUCGACCGCCUUCUUCUCACAAUGGCGGUCAGUGCAGUCGAUGACAUGCUGGCUCCAAUCUAUGAGAUAUUACAAGCACCUCAGUUGGUUAGAAAAUUGUUUGAGGGAGCCUAAUGAAAGUUCGAACAAGAAAUGUGUGGACUUCGUUAACGUGAUGACCUAUGACCUCCACUUCUACAACAAACUCAUCCCUCUAACAGGCCACAACAGCCCACUGUUCCACGGGGAUGAAGUCUUGGAUGAAACAGUUUUCAAAAAUAAGACGUUUUCGUGGGCGGCGACGGCCUGGGUGCGAGGGGGCAUGAGGAAGGACCAGGUGAUGACCGGCAUCCCUACAUAUGCUCAUACCUUUAACCUGUUGUUUGAAGAAUGGCACGAUGUUUAUGCCCUUGCCACAGGAGUCGGGAAGAUUGGUGAUUUCCUGAAUUAUGAUAAUGUUUGUCAACUCAUAAAGAAUAACAGUACAACUGUAGUCUGGGAUGACAAGAGUAAGGUCCCCUACCUGUACCAGGGGACGCUGUGGGUGUCUUACGACAACGUUCGUAGCGUGACACUUAAGACUCAGUAUCUUCUUCAGCAGGGGUUCGGAGGGGCCAUGGUCUACUCACUCAACUGUGAUGAUUACAAAGGAACCUGUGACGGGAAGACAACGUGGCCGCUGUUCAAAGCUAUCACUGCUGCUAUAAAAGACUUCCAGAAAGAUAGGACAUAGAUUAUUAUAGCUGACUUCAUCGCCAAAGUGCUCUGUUAUCUAUGUCAUAUGGAAAAACAUAAACAUGCCUUGUGGUAAACAUUUGAAGUUCAAUUUUAUCGUUUUUAACUCAGGGAUGAACACACUUCUUCUAUGCUAUCAUUCUUUAAUAUUCUGGAAGGAGAACACCUCAUCUUUAGACCAUGAUGUACAGUUGUUACCUCCUGCUGCCGAGACUGAGAAUUAGAAACAUCUUGUUUCGACCACUUAUUUUAUUUUUCCACAUUUGCCAACAUGCUGUGUUUUGAGUGAACAUAUGUAUUAAAGAAGCAUCUUUUUUUGAUAAUAUUUUAAAAUUAGUACAAGAGGUUUUAGGGACCUGUUUCAUGCCUUGUAAUUAAGCUCAUUCACUAUAAGCCGUUUUCUUUAAUGUUGAAAGAUCCGGGUUAGAACUGAUCUUCAGUAACCCAUGCUUGUCAGAUACUGAUAAUUUGAACUACCUAAUAUACCUUAUCUGCCUUGAUAUUGAAAUAUAUUUUGGAUUUUAUGAUAGUAUUGAAACGUUACAUUCCUGAAUUAUUUUUGUUACAGUGAAGUGAAAGAUUGUUGGGCAUUCUUAGGGCAAUAUAUAUGUACAUGUAUAUAUGGGUAUCAAGUAUUCGCCAUUUAUGAUGACUUCUUCUUAUAGUACCAGUUAUUGUUGCUCUAAGAUUUUCUAAGAUUUUGUAUGUUUUGAUGUGUGAUCUUUCAAUACAAUAUAUCAUAUAACAACUGAA